GCGGCACCACAUGAAUGGCUGAUGUCAGAGCGAACUGUGAAGACGAGACACGGCGCUCUUUACACUCGCGACUCCUGGAUUCUUCUCAAGGACCUUUCCAGACUCUGCCAUGUCCUCCCGUAACAUGGUGACGUUACGUGUGAUCUGUCUCCUGCACCUGAGCCUUAAUGUCUGGAGCAUCACAGUGACAUCUCACCCAGGGGACCGUGUGUCACUCACCUGUCCACUCACCUGUUUAGUCCCCAGCACUUACAAAAGGGCGUGGUACAAGCAGCUUCGUGGCCAGCCUCCAGAGCAAUUGCUGACAACAUUUUGGAGCUACAAGAAUAACUACACCAUCCAGCACAACACCGACGACAAGGAGCACUUCACCUCCAAAAAAAACCACACUUUAAUCAUCAAGAGCGUAAAGAAGGAUGAUACCGGGAAGUAUUACUGCACUUUCAACAAAUGGCAUGCGUACGUCUUCUUCAACGAGGGAAUUGAACUCAUUGUGGCAGAUGAGUCCAGCAGUUGGCUUGUCUGGAUCUCUUCUACCUUGGGCACCAUGCUGGUACUGAUGACCUGUGUCACCAUAUGCACUGUCUAUAAGUUAAAACGUAAAGAAGGCUGCCGAUCAGACAAACUUCAGAACCAGAGGGACAUGAGGAGCCGGGCGUCUGAUUCACAGGUUAUGUUUCCCAGUCAGGAGCAAGAAGGUUAUUAUCAGGAACUCUCCCACAUGGACCAUGUGUCCUACGAUGCUCUCCAGGACCACAGAACAAAAAGAAAAACAAACGUUGACAAAAGUGCCCAAUGAUUGGUGAACUGAACAAAAGCAGAUGAGACCUCAAGUUUUCUUAUCUCAAAACGCUCAUGUCGAGGUAUUCUCUUCCGUGGACGGCCAUUUUGAAUUUCUGACUCGCUUUUGCUUCUGCACUAUCACUGAUUAGCAUUACUUUACUCGUUUUUCUCGUAUCCUUGACCUUUUUUGUGUAACAAAAUGACUUUCUUUAUCAAGUCUUGUAGUGAUUCUCUAACAUGUGGUGCCAUUAUUGU